AUGCAAGUCAAUCAAGUUAGCUCUGAGCAAUUUCCAUCCAUUAUUGAUCUAAACGUGGGUGGCCAACUAUAUACAACAUCGCUAUCAAUCUUAGUUAAAGAUCCAAAAUCAUUGUUAGGUGCAAUGUUCAGUGGUAGACAACGUAUUGCGCGCGAUGCGCGAGGCCGUUAUUUUAUAGAUCGUGAUGGUGCACUAUUUCGUUACGUAUUAGACUAUUUACGCAAUUCGAAAUUAUGUCUGCCGGAAGAAUUUAUUGAGCGUGAAAGAUUAUUGUGUGAAGCUGAAUAUUACAAAAUUGAAGGCUUAAUUGAAGCAUUACGCGAAAAAACCAAUAUAGGGCGACAAAAAGGCAUUCUAUCAUUAAGUUAUCGUGGGACUUACGCCUUUGGACGUGAUGGAUUGGCAGAUGUUAAAUUUCGUAAAAUUCAUCGAAUUUUGGUUUGUGGUAAUGUUACUUUAACCCGUGAAGUGUUUGAAGAUACAUUAAAUGAAACGCGAGAUCCUGAUCGAAGUGAUAAUAGCUAUUCUAGUCGUUUCUACUUAAAGCAUGGCCAUUUAGAGAAAGCAUUUGAUUUGCUAGCUGAGAAGGGCUUCGAUUUAAUUGCAAGUCAUGCUGGUGGAGCUGGUCAUGAUGGUGAAUCAGAUGAAACCAAAUGGAAUCACUUUAUUGAAUAUAUAUUUCAACGCAAGUAG